GAAUCAUAUUAUUUCGUAUUGUAUGGAGUUAUAUACGAAAGUAGGUGUCAGUUUUUCCCUUAUAUAGUUACCGCGCCUUUCUAAAAAAAUUGAGCAGCUCAAUAUUAGUUUAAGUAAUAUUAUUAUUAUAAUUAAACGGAAAACUCUUAAUAUUGUGUAGACUCAUGCGCUAUUUUCGACAAUCAUCUUUAGUAUUUGUUGUGGCUACGCGGCGGCUGACCAUGACUAGCCGUUUCCUUACGUCAAAUAAAAAUUCAGCAUCAUUGGGGUCACAAAAAGAGAUAAAGUCGUUUGGCAAGGAUAGUAUCGCGUCUGGCGGAGAUUUAAGCGUGCUGCCAGGCGUCGAGCUGGCGCAGCAAGUUAUAGGGCCUCUUCAGGUUUCUUCUGCUAAACUGAAUAAACGCGAGUCAUUGUCUUCAGUUGACUCGCUGAUUUGCUGGAGGGAGCACUAUUCUUUGGAACAUGGAAAGCCAUAUUAUCACAACGUCGAAACAAACGAGACGACGUUUCAAAUUCCGGAAGGGUUUGCUACGCAGUUUCCGCUUUAUUAUAGCAAAAACGGUUUUCAUGUGGAUAGACAUGGUGUCGUGCAUCAUCUGUCCAACGUCACAUCAACUGAGAGUAACGAUAACGGGUUAAAUAUUUCAAGUGGUCGGUCAAGCUUGUCUCUGAGGCAGAAGCUCACUGCCUACGGUGCUGGUGGCUUUCUGUUAUAUUUAAUCAUACAUAACAUUGGCUUUGCUAUUGUCUUUACAUGUAUGUAUUUCUUUAGUAUUGAUCUUCCGGGUUUGGCACGUUCCUAUGGUUUUAAUAUAUCAGAUAAAAAAAACGAUGUAGUACAAGGUAAGAAGCACGAGAGAUCACCUUUUUGGGGAACCUUUUUGUUAUCUGUUGUGCUAAACAAAAUUCUGAUUCCAUUGCAUCUCGCUUUUACUAUUGGUGUUGCUCCUUUGCUAGUGCAUCGUCUGGAACCCAUUGCAUUGCGCUUGAUUCCACUCUGCAAGUCCUUCUUUAUAAAAUUAAAGAAUUAGAUUAAGUGCUUAGAGAAGAGAGGUAAGCAAGCGAUCAAUUUGCUCAGUGCCAUUACUUGAUUAUCACUCAUUGUUAUUUCAAUACUCCAAGAAAUAUGAAUGUGCUCCACCCGUAGAUGAGUCAUUUCGAGACUGCUUUCCCUCCCUUUAUAUCUUUAAUUGUGUGUAUUAUUUUAACCAUGGCUAAGCGACCAGUGUGUUUGUUAACAAUCAGAAUCCUUUAAAAUACACAUUU